AACAGCAUCGGGGUUCAAUGAAGUAUAGCAAACAUACUGAAUAGUGUUCUGGUGAUUUACAAUUAUUCUCAUAGCACUUGAAGGCAUCGUCCUCUCAGUCGGAAAUGAUCAGCUGACGUUUUCAUCAUUCUCGAUGAAGUGUAAAUUUCGCCAAUAGAGAUGGAUUCUCAGAGCUCAAACUUGACCUGUGCCAUAUGCUUAGAGCCCUUUCAUAUUCCUGCCACCAUCCCGUGUGGACACUCGUUCUGUGAGAGAUGCAUCACUAGCCAUUGGGACACUAAAAGCCAGUCAGAUAUUGGACCUGACUGUCCCAUCUGCAAUGAGAAGUUUCCCACCAGGCCCACGGUGAAGCGGAACGUCUCCUUGUCCCAGCUGACUGAAGCUGCAAACAGGAACAUUGCACCAUCUUGCAAAGAUUGCGGAAAGGAGGAAGGCGGUGGAUCCUCGCUUUGUGAUCGGCAUCAUGAGCCUCUCGUUUAUUACUGCAAGCAGGAUCAAAUGGCGGUGUGCUGCGAGUGUGCCAUCGGAGAGUGCAAUUUGCACGACAAGGCUUUGUUGAAGGCGGAGAAGAACAACCAAAAGCUGUUACUGGAGAAGAAGAAUGAGGAGGUGACAAAGCUCAUUGAAGAAACCACGCAAAGUAUUAUCAAACUAGCUGAAAACAUCAACCACGCUAAGGAGACCAUGCAGCAGACAUCCAAUCGGGUCACAGCCAAAUUUUCCAGCGUGAUCAAAAUAUUGGCCGAGCGGCAGGAGGCCACCGAGCGCUUCAUGGAGCAGCAGAAAGAGGCGGCCAUCUCGGAGGCGACGUCGCGUGUCUCUGACCUGGAGGAGAACGCCCAGAAGCUGAGGGCCAGCCAGGCUAAGAUUGCAGCCCUGCACCACCUCUCCGAUACGGAGCUCAUCAAGGAAUCAAUGCUCAUUGAAGUUCCACACCUCAAGAAAGUCUCUUCAGACUUCACGCCCCACCUGCAGGAUCGCCUAAGCGGCAUCACCGAGGCACUGACCCGAAUCUCCAAGCUGGUGGUCGAGGACCUCGAAAGAGCCGUCUGCGCCGUUGUGGGUCAGGACAUAGAAGGUUCCCCUCAGGAGAAGAGGCCCAUUCUGGCUGUGGUUCCAAGUCCAGCUGCUCCGAGCCACCGUGAUGGGAAGGAGGGCCUCGGUGCUUACAGAUGCUCGCUGACGUUUGACCCCAGCACGGCCAAUAGCCAUCUGGUAUUGUCCCAAGAGAACCGGAGAGCCGAGCACCUGACUUUAGGGCUGCGUCACGUGGCCGAGCACCGGGCUCGAUUUGACCACACCUGGCAGGUGCUGUGUAGCCAGGGCUUCAAACACGGCCAGCACUACUGGCAGCUGGAGGUCUCCAAACCGUGGGCCUACCUGGGGGUCACCUACAGCUCCAUCCCCAGAAAAGAGAAGGGCCGGAGGUGCAUGCUGGGAAUGAACGAAGUGUCCUGGAGUCUGCAGCUGGACGAGAAGCAGCUCAACGCCUGGCACAACGGUCGCAAGGAGACCCUGGUGGGAUCUUCUCAUCAGCACGGCCGCGUCGGCAUGUUGCUGGACUACGAUGCGGGCGCGCUCACCUUUUACGGAGAUGGAGACGUCAGGUUGCACACCUUCCACUGUGCCUUCAACCAGGAGCUCUUCCCCGCUUGCUGGAUAGGAGAAGGCGUCAGCAUCACGCUAUGCUCUAUAUGAGUGCAAAGAACUUUCUGACAAGAACUUUCAUUCCUGCUGAAUUGGUCAAAAUGCACAAAGACAGCCAGUUGUAAAAAGCACCUUUAAGUUAGCGAGAGCCAAGAGCAAAUAGUGGGUAGGUCAACGAGCAGAUGAUUUCAUUCUCCCAUGACAGCAGACGGAGUGUUUGGUUUACAAAUGGGGACUCUUGCUUUUUAUAUGCUCCCUUUUGUACAUGAUGUUUUAACGUUGGAGCGCACCACCAAUCCCAUUUUUUAACGCUAAUCCAUUUUGAAGUGUAACAUGUCUUUUUGAUGCUGCCAUCUCUAAAUGGUCAAUGAGUAUUGCCAGAAGAUAUCAGCUUCUCCAUGCCUCCUGCUUUCAUCCAUUGUGCGAGAUGACAUUUGAAACAUACAAAUCACACUUGAAUGACACAUUUAAACAGCAUCCGUUUAAUAAAGGCCUGUUAACUGUA